GGGAGGUGGAGCCAGGGGGACCGAGGCCUCGCUGGGAGGCCUCGCUGGGGUGGGCUCGACCGGCGCGCGGAGCCGCGCUGUGGGGUGCACGAGGAGGGCGAGGAGCCGGCGUCUGGGACCCCCGGACUCUCCCAGGAACACGCCGGUGAGAGAGCCCGACUCAGCGGCGCCCGUGGCUCCGAGCCCUUCCCUGCGCGGCGCCGCCCACCGCGGAGGUCUCUGGGCUCCGGGCUGAGAAAAGACCGGGAUCCACCGGGACCAGGGCCGGCCGCUCGGAGCUGGGGACCCCCGAGGCCGCGCCCUCCGGUUGCCCGGCUCCCCUUCCGCGCAGCUGGAGCGGUGCGCUCGGCGCCUCCCCCGUGCACACCCCGGCUCCCCUGCUCCGCCCGCAGCCCACCCCGAUCACGGCCCCUCCACCGCCUUCCUCUAACUUGGGCCUGCUGAGAGGCGACCCUGCCCGCCCAGUCCCCCCAAACUUGAGGGUCCAGUUAAACCGCAGCCAGGAAUUGCCGUCGGGGAGCGAAGUGCCCGGGGCCCACCCCAAGCAACAAAAGCGCACGUCCCAGCUCCUUUCAGACUCAAAAGGGCGUGUUUUUAACAUCUCUUAACAUUGCAAAGGAAUUAGAAACACAUCAUCAAUAAAAAACAACAGGCGGGCGGGGCGCGGUGCUCAGGCCUGUAGUCCCCGCACUCGGGAGGCUGAGGAGGGCGGAUCACCCGAGGUCAGGACUUCAAGACCGGCCUGGCCAAUAUGGUGAAGACCCGUCUCUACUAAAAAUACAAAACAUGAGCCGGGCGUGGUGGCGCUUGACUGUAGUCCCAGCUACUCGGGAGGCUGAGGCAGGAGAAUCGCUUAAACCCCGGAGGUGGAGGUUGCGGUGAGCCGCGAUCGCGCCAUUGCGCCCCAGCCUGGGCAACGGAGCGAGACUCUGUCUCCAAAAAAAAAAGGGCGGGUGGUUUAGUCCCGCAAACCCUGCCUCUGCCGGGCCCUAGCGCCCGCCCCGCCGCCACGCCCUCCCGCGCUGGUCGCUGCUAUCCCCGGGCUCCACCCACGGGGGGUCCCGGGGGUCCCGCCUGUCGUCCGUCCACUACGCGGUCGCAGUCAGCGCCCGGCUGGGGAAGGACGCGCGUGGACGCGGCCAAGAGGCGGCGUCCCCCGCGCACUGCGGCUUCCGUUCUGUUUCCUGGACCUCGGGGGCGCUUUCCUCGGUGGUUCCUUUUGCGGUCGGCUUCACUUCCAAGCAGAGGUCCGGACCGGGGGAAAGGUGGGCACGAGCCUCCUGCAGACACCGGCUUUGCCGGCUCCGCGUGGGAAGUGCCGGGAUGGCGAGGAGACGCGACAUGUGCACCGCCACGGCCCGGGCUCAGAGCCAAAGGGGGCUGGCACGUGAUGCGUCUGCGCCCACCCGCGUUGGUGGCACGUCACCUCCCGCUGGGAUCGCCCGGGGCUGCAGGUCGCCCACGGGCAAGCCAGCCCGCGUGGCCCGCCCUAGCAACCGUUGCUAAGGGGGCGUGGCUCUCGCAGGUUAUAAAUAUUAGCAUAUUCAAAUAAGGCCCCGACCUCGUUGCCAUGGCGCCCAGGCCGCAACCCCAAGGCCGGAGGAACAGCCUGGAGUAGGAGACCGCGCCUGGCGGCGGAGGGCGGCCAGGACCGAGCCCUCAGACCAGGCCACUGAGGCACGGGAGCCUGCGCUGCUGCCCUGUUCCAGCAUUCCCCCUACCACCUCCAUCAACACUGGGGUAGCUCUAGACAGCAUGGAGAGGAUGCGUCUUCCACGUCCGCACGAGGUCAACAGAUAAAAGCCAGGAUGUUCUAAGUGGCUAUAUGCACAUCUGCCUGUUCACGGCUUCCUUCUACAAAUAUUUUAGCACCCCCUCCUGCGACUGUGGACAGCAAAGAAGCACCCAGCUCCGGGGCAAGGCAGGCCCUCAACCCAACGCAUAGUUCCCCUGGACACAGUGACUCGGCCAGGAAGCUACCUUGACUCUUGCAGUUACUGCCUGAGGCUCAUGUCGCCUCCUUGCCCGGAUGUUUGACCCACAGCAGAACGUGGCUGCCUGCAGGUUUCACGUGAAUGGACCCAGUCUGGGACAGAUCCUGUGGGUCUCGGCCCAGCACUGCCAGCGUCCAGGUGCGGGAGCUGAGUUGGCGAGGCCUGCACAACCCCUGCCCACAGAGCAAGGGCCCUGGCGGCCAGCAGGGCAGCUGCAGAGAGCAGCAGGUGGAAGAGUACCUGUCCCCUGCCCGGCUGCAGGCCCUGGCCCUGGUGGACGACCUUCGGCUGGUGAGGGCACUGGAGGUGUGUGUAGACACCCGCGAGGGCAGCCUGGGGAACUUUGGGGUACACCUGCCCAACCUGGACCAACUGAAGCUGAAUGGCAGCCACCUGGGCUCCCUCAGGUGCUGUGGCUGGCUCGCUGUGGCCUCACUGACCUGGAUGGCAUCGCCGCUCUGCCAGCACUGAAGGAACUCUACGCCUCCUACAACAACAUCUCGGACCUGAGCCCGCUGUGCCUGCUGGAGCAACUGGAGCUGCUGGACCUGGAGGGCAACAGCGUGGAGGACCUGGGGCAGGUGUGCUUCCUGCAGCUGUGCCCUCGCCUGGCCACACUCACCCUGGAGGGCAACCUGGUGUGCCUACAGCCGGCCCCCGGCCCCGCCAACAAGGUGCCCAGGGGGUACAACUACAGGGCAGAAGUGAGGAAGCUCAUCCCCCAGCUUCGGGUCCUGGACGAAGUUCCGGCUGCACACACAGGACCACCAUCCCACCUGCGGCUGAGCCAGGACUGGCUUGCGGUGAAGGAGGCCAUCAAGAAGGGCAACGGCCUCCCCCGGCUGGACUGUCCCCACGGAGGCCCCAUCCGGAGACUUGACUCUGAGCUGUCCCUGCCUGAGACGCAGCCCCGAACCUCCAGGCCCUGGCCCUUCUCGAUGCUGGUCCCUGGGGGCCCCCUGCCUGAAGGCCUGCUUUCUGAGGACCCAGCCCCAGGAGAUAACACCAGCAGCCUCACCCAUGGUGCUGGCCAAGUCCUGUGUGGGAACCCCACCAAAGGCCUGCGGGAGCGUAGGCGCCAGUGCCAGGGCAAGGAGCCCCCAGAGCAGUUGUCCCAGCACAGGCCAGGAGAUCUGGCCACCAGCACUUCCAGCCCAGAGCCUGACCCUGCAGACAGCUCUGAAUUCCCGGCCUUGACCGGGCUUAGGCCCUGGAGGGAGCUUGGCAUGAGGCACCUGGAGUCCCAACAGGAAGGGGCUGUAGUCCCCGGAAGCCGAUGGUGGGCCCCUGAAGAGCAAGUGCACCAGGCAGAGCCCAAGACUCCCCCCAGCCCCCCAAGCCUGGCCUCAGAGGCCCCCAGGACCUUCCGAUGUCAACUGGUCCCUUCCCCUCCGAAGCACCCCAUGCCACCAGCUUCUGGCAGCAGCUCCCCCCGGUGGCCCACAGACCUGCAGUCCAGGGGACGUCGGCUCCGAGCCCUGGGCAGCUGGGGGCCUGGCCUGGGUGAUGGGGUGGCCACAAUGGCCUCAGAGCUGAGCCCUAGAGCCCGGGGAUGUCCUGGCCCAAAGCCAGCACCAGAUGCAUCAGCCAGACCCCCCAGGGCAGCCGAACUCUCCCACCCCACCCGCUUCCCCCACUUAGUGUAGCCCCCACUGCUAAGCUUAACCUGUGCUGAGGCCACGACCUGCCCACAUGUGGUCACGGGAGCACAGGGUGGACUUGGUCUCAUGGCGCACAGAACGUCUAGGCUGGUGUGUUGGCAGGUGGCGGGAAUGCUUGGCCCUGGGGAGGACCCUCUUGGAUGAGGGGAGUGGGGGAUUGGGUUAGGCCCCCGACAGGGUUUGGCUUGGGAAGGGAGGGUCCCAAUCCAGCCCCUCUUCGUGCCAGGCUUUCCCGCGGGCACGGGGUUGGGGGGGUGGUUACAGGGGCAGGCCUGUCAGACCUCUCCAGCUAGAGUUGGGUGUGGCCGAGGAGCCACCUCCUAGGCCUCCAUGGCCCAGUCCCCCAGGGUCCCAGCUGCUGGCCCUCGGCCUCCCUUCCCCAGGGCUCCCGCGCCGCAACGGGGGGGGGGCGGGGGGGGGACAGUUCCCUCCUCCUGGGGCAGGAUGCCCCGGAAACCAAGGGAAUCAUUUUCGACUCUCAGGUGCACAGAAAUGCGAUUUACUUUGUAGGCAACGUUGGUUCAUUAAAUUACGCAGCGGACCGCG